UGCUCGGCGUGUGAUUAAGCUUCCUUUUCUUUUUCCAUUUGGCGUCGCGUCGUCUGGCUUAACGUGACUGACAGCGGCCGGCUCGAGAGAGAUAGAAACAGAGAAGUGAGUCGCCUUUCACCGAACACUUUUUGACCCUCUCGGGCACCUGUAGGGGAGUUUCUGAUUGUCAGAACUGACGGGGAAAGGAGAAGGAGGGAAAAACCCGGAAAGGCCUCGCGCCUCUCGAGGCCCCCCGUGCUGACGUCACCGCGGGCCGCAGCCAAUCCCGAGCGACCGCGCGCCAAAUUCAAACCCGCCUCGCGUCCUUGAACUCAUUUGUCCUCUCAGCCUCGCCGUUUCUCCUUUAAUAAGAACUGCUUUUCCAUGGCAACCCCACCCAAGCGGACCCGGGCGGAGAAGAGCAUCAAGAAGAUCGCCAUUGAAGGCAAUAUAGCUGCAGGCAAGUCAACCUUUGUGAAUCUUCUCAAACAAGCCGGAGAAGAGUGGGAUGUUGUUCCAGAGCCAGUGGCAAGAUGGUGCAAUGUUCAGAACUGCCAGGAUGAAUGUGAGGAGCUCUCAGACUCACAGAAGUGUGGUGGCAACUUACUCCAAAUGAUGUAUGAGAAGCCAGAGAGAUGGUCUUUCACUUUCCAGUCCUAUGCCUGUCUAAGCAGAAUCCGGGCUCAGCUCAAAUCUCUUGAGGGGAAAAUCAAAGAAGCUGAGAACCCCGUAGUCUUUUUUGAGAGAUCUGUUUACAGUGACAGAUACAUUUUUGCAUCUAAUCUGUAUGAAUCUGACUGUAUGAAUGAAACGGAGUGGACUAUUUACCAAGACUGGCACAACUGGAUGAACCAACAGUUUGGAUCAUGUCUUGAACUGGAUGGCAUUAUUUAUCUCCGAGCGACUCCUGAGAAAUGCUUGAAUAGGAUUUAUGUGCGUGGAAGGGACGAAGAACAAGGCAUUCCCAUAGAAUACCUCGAAAAGCUUCAUUACAAACAUGAGAGCUGGCUCCAGCAUAGGACUUUACGAAUGGAUUUUGAAUAUUUGCAAGAAUUACCGAUUCUAACACUGGAUGUAAAUGAAGAUUUCAAGGGCAACAAAGAUAGGCAUGAAAACAUGAUUGAAAAGGUCAAAGAAUUCUUGAGCACUUUGUAGCCUUUCCAGAAAAUGCACUGCAUCCUGAUGUCAUAUGAUUACUUUGUUGGUGCCACUAUUUCUGCUUUUGCUUAAAAGUCUCAGAGGACAAUAUUUUGCUUCGUUGAACUCUGAAGUACUGCAUGGAGUUAGCUUGGAAUAAUGUAUUUCCGUUUCUCAUGGGAAGUGUUUGCUGCAGAAAUUAAGAUCAUGCAUACAUGCCUUUGGAUCUGUAAUAUAACUGAAAUAGUUCAGUAAAAUUAUAGGUUGUGUCUCUGGAAUAGAAGCAAUGAAAGUUGGAUGGGAUUUCAAGUCCCUUUCAUGAACAACCUAGAACUGGAACACUUGUAUGUUCUGCAAUACUGGAGGUUCACCCCAGAGGGAGGCAUUUCCCACUCAUGAACCAUGUGUCCAUAUGAUUGCGAAUGUAGAAUCAGCAUUUUGUCCAAUCUGCUUGUGUAGGAAUGAUGCAUUUCAAAAACACUUAUAUAAAUUAGCAACAGGAAACAAGCCGUAAUGAAUGGAGAAACGUUUGACCAAAAAUUAAACUGGAUCUUUAAUAGGAGUCUUUUCUAGCUUUGAAGCAUUUUGUGUUUGUUUCUGCAGACCAAAAUAUCAAAACAAUUGUGUUUGCUCUUCUCAGAUAACUAGAUUCUAUUUCUUUGGUUAAAAGAUUUAUCUUAAACUUGCCAAUUAUACCAAUUUCUCACUGAGCUGAAAAUGUAGCCCAUAGUCUUAAAGCAGAAGGAGAGCAGUAUGGCAAAUAGGAUUCCUCACCCUGCUCCCAAAACUUUGAAAUGAGAUAUUUAUUAUAUAUGGGAGCAUUUUAUGAUGUGUGUGUGUGUUUAAUAGAAGCAUCAGAACUGUUUCUAGGUGUUAUGAAAUCUUUGGUAGGCUGAUCUUGUAUACAGUCUGGCAAUAUUUAUUCUCCUGACACCCAAUUGCUCCCAUGCUUCACAUUUACGGAUUUUUGUGUAUUGCUGCAUUUUCUCCUUGAGCUUUAUUUAAUACACCUGUCCCUUUCCUAUUGAGACUACCUGAAAGGAAGGGACAAUGGCAUCUGUAUUUUAGUACUAGAAAAGGGUCCACUGCAGUAAUAUAUUUUAAAUUAUUUUACAACAUUUUUUUUGUAUUACAAAAUAUAAAUUGUGAAACAUUUCUUGGAUACUGUAUUUUAACAUGUUUUGUUUUUCUAGAUGUCAUUGUGCACACCAUGAUUUUUCUGUUAGCACUGAGCAUUUUACGCGAUCAUGUUGGGAACUUUUGUUAAACUGAAAUAAAUAUGCAAAUAUCUUA